GCGCGAGGCGGAAUUGGGGUCUGCUCUAAGCUGCAGCAAGAGAAACUGUGUGAGGGGAAGAGGCCUGUUUCGCUCCCGGGUCUCUAGUUCUUGCACGCUCUUUAAGAGUCUGCAUUAGAGGAACUCUGCCAUUACCAGCUCCCUUCUUGCAGAAGGGAGGGGGAAACAUACAUUUAUUCAUGCCAGUCUGUUGCACGAAGGCUUUUUGGCUUCCUACCUUGCAACAAAAUAAUUGCACAAACUCCUUAGUGCCGAUUCCGCCCACAGAGAGUCCUGGAGCCAGAGUCUUUUUUGCUUUGCAUUGUAGGAAAGGGACUAAGUGAUAGAGACUAUGUUGCUUUCCUGAGCUCCUGAGAGCGCUCGUGAACUGGAACCAACUGCUUCAGGGGAAGGAAAAAAAAAAAAAAAAAGACUUGCCUGGGAGGCGGCGAGAAACUUGCAUUGGAAGCUUCAGCAACCAGCAUUCAAGAAACUCCUCUCCACUUUAUAACACGGUCUCCAGACUCAGAGCCGAGAGACAGAGCAAACUGCGGCGCGGUGAGAGAGAGAGCGAGAAAGAGCGAGAGCGAGAAGCAGAGGGAGGGAGAGACUCUCCAGCCUGGGAACUAUAACUCCUCUGCAAGAGGCAGAGUACUCCUUCCCCGCAUCUUUUGGAGACUUUUCUCUCUGCGCCCACCACCGCCCCGGCCAGGAGUGGAGGGGCCCGCACGGCCGCCGCGCGCGUCCUCCCGCUCGGCGUGUGCUUGGCCCGGGGAGCCGGGAGGGCCCGGCGAUCGCGCCGCGGCCGCCGCGAGGGUGUGAGCGCGCGUGGGCGCCCGCCGAGCCGGGGCCAUGGUGCAGCAAACCAACAACGCCGAGAACACGGAAGCGCUGCUGGCCGGCGAGAGCUCGGACUCGGGCGCCGGCCUCGAGCUGGGCAUCGCCUCCUCCCCCACGCCCGGCUCCACCGCCUCCACGGGCGGCAAGGCCGACGACCCGAGCUGGUGCAAGACGCCGAGCGGGCACAUCAAGCGGCCCAUGAACGCCUUCAUGGUGUGGUCGCAGAUCGAGCGGCGCAAGAUCAUGGAGCAGUCGCCCGACAUGCACAACGCCGAGAUCUCCAAGCGGCUGGGCAAACGCUGGAAACUGCUCAAAGACAGCGACAAGAUCCCUUUCAUUCGGGAGGCGGAGCGGCUGCGCCUCAAGCACAUGGCUGACUACCCCGACUACAAGUACCGGCCCAGGAAGAAGGUGAAGUCCGGCAACGCCAACUCCGGCUCCUCGGCCGCCGCCUCCUCCAAGCCGGGGGAGAAGGGAGACAAGGUCGGUGGCGGGGGCGGCCAUGGGGGCGGCGGCGGUGGCGGGAGCGGCAACGCGGGGGGAGGAGGCGGCGGCGCGAGUGGCGGCGGCGCCAACUCCAAACCCGCGCAGAAAAAGAGCUGCGGCUCCAAAGUGGCGGGCGGCGCGGGCGGCGGGGUCAGCAAACCGCACGCCAAGCUCAUCCUGGCGGGCGGCGGCGGGAAGGCGGCGGCCGCGGGCGCCUCCUCCUCCUUCGCGGCCGAGCAGGCGGGGGCCGCGGCCCUGCUGCCCCUGGGCGCCGCCGCCGCCGACCACCACUCGCUGUACAAGGCGCGGACUCCCAGCGCGGCGGCCUCGGCCUCCACGGCCGCCUCCGCCUCGGCCGGCCUCGCGGCCCCGGGCAAGCACCUGGCCGACAAGAAGGUGAAGCGCGUUUACCUGUUCGGCGGCCUGGGCGCCUCCUCUUCGCCCGUGGGCGGCGUGGGCGCGGGCGCCGACCCCAGCGACCCCCUGGGCCUGUACGAGGAGGGGGGCGCGGGCUGUUCGCCCGACGGGCCGAGCCUGAGCGGCCGCAGCAGCGCCGCGUCGUCGCCGGCCGCCGGCCGCUCGCCAGCGGACCACCGCAGCUACGCCAGCCUGCGCGCCGCCUCGCCCGCGCCGUCCAGCGCGCCCUCGCACGCGUCCUCGUCGGCCUCGUCCCACUCGUCCUCGUCCUCGUCGUCGGGCUCCUCGUCCUCCGACGACGAGUUCGAAGACGACCUGCUCGACCUGAACCCCAGCUCAAACUUUGAGAGCAUGUCCCUGGGCAGUUUCAGCUCGUCGUCGGCGCUGGACCGGGACCUGGAUUUUAACUUCGAGCCCGGCUCCGGCUCGCACUUCGAGUUCCCGGACUACUGCACGCCCGAGGUGAGCGAGAUGAUCUCGGGAGACUGGCUCGAGUCCAGCAUCUCCAACCUGGUCUUCACCUACUGACGGGCGCGCGCGCGGGCUGGGAGGAGAGGGCCGGGGGGCAAGGGGGGGGGGAAAGGAAGAAGAGAGAGAAGUGGACAGAGAAAGAGUUGGAAGAGAAAAGGGAAAAAAGAAAAAAAAAAGGAAUAGAAAAAAAAAUGAGCGGGGCCGCGUUCGGCCGCGUCGCGGUCGCCGGAGAGAGAGGAGCGCGGGGGGCGUUUUGGGGACCCGCGCUCCCAUCCCCCACCUCCCCGACCGCAGGGACGCGGAGGAGGCGGCGGGGAGAGGAGGGGGCGACCUUUUAUUGUUGUUCUUGAUGUUGUUGUUGAUGGCAAAAAAAGCUACUUGGAGUUUCCUCCCCUUUGCCCGAAGAGACCCCCCCCCCCACUUCCAGCGAGCUUCCGGACUUGUCUGCUGCACCCCCAGCAAGAAGCCGACUUGGUAGUUUUUCUAGAGACUGAAGGAAUCUCGUCCCUUUUUUCAUCGCCCCCUUGCUGUUUUUGUUUUAUUUUAUCUCAUUUCUUGGUCAAGAGAGGAGGGAAAAAGAAAAGAAAAGAAAGAAACCCAACGCGCCCCUGGGGAUUUAGUUCUCAGCACCCCCGCCAUCCCCUCCCCCUGAAGAAGACAGAAGGCUCCGGGCGUGGAAUUGGACCGACGGCAGAUAUUUUGGGGGGUCGCGCAGGCUCGAGUGCCAGGACAGAGACUCCACGCUGGCGGAUUCCCGUUUUGUUGGGUUUUUCCUCCUUUUUCCCUUUCUUUCUUUUUCCUUUCUUCCUUCCUUUUUUUUUUUCUUUUUUCCCCCCCCCCCCCCCCCCGCAGCCAGAGGAGAAGCGGAGAGCCCGGCGAGGGGCGCGGGGCGGGGCGCGGGGGGGGGCCGCGGAGGAACUGGGACGGAUUUGCACGUUCGGGGGCAGGUGGCGCGUCCUGGCGGCCCCCGCACCCCGCACCCCCGAAAUCAGUGAGGUGAGACUCCGCGGCCCGCGGGCGUGCAGGAGAGCGGACUGUUUGAUGUGGUACCGGGGGCCGUGCAGGGGCGAGUGGUUUCGGGCGGGGGGGAAAAAAAGAGGUUUUUUUCUUCUCUUAAAAUCGGAAUCGUGAUGGUGUUGGAUUAUUUCACUGGUGGGGUUAAUAUAGCAUGUUAUCCUGUCUAUCUUUUAAAGAUUUCUGUAUAAGACUGUUGAGCAGUUUUUAAAAUAGUGUAGGAUAAUAUAAAAAGCAGAUAGAUGGCGCUAUGUUUGAUUCCUACAACAAAAUUAUCACCAGCUUUUUUUCAUUCUUAACUCUUUAAAGGAUUCAAACGCAACUCAAAUCUGUGCUGGACUUUAAGAAAAAAAAAAAAAACACAAUUCAGGACCAAAUUUUUUCUCAGUGUGUAUGUGUUUAUUCCUUAUAGGUGUAAAUGAGAAGACGUGUUUUUUUCCCUCACCGAUGCUUCAUCCUCGUAUUUUUUUUCCUUGUAAAUGUAAUCAGAUGCCAUUUUAUAUGUGGACGUAUUUAUACUGGCCAAACAUUUUUUUUUCUUAUUUUGUCCCUUUUUUAUUUUAACCUUUGGUUUACUUUUUUUUUCUUUGUUUUCUACUUCCUUUAUUUCUUCCUUCCUUUUUUUCUUUUGUUCUUUUUUUCUUCUUUCUUCUUUUUCUUUUUUUUUAGUAGUUUGUUGUUACCCACGCCAUUUUACGUCUCCUUCACUGAAGGGCUAGAGUUUUAACUUUUAAUUUUUUAUAUUUAAAUGUAGACUUUUGACACUUUUAAAAAACAAAAAAAGACAAGAGAGAUGAAAACGUUUGAUUAUUUUCUCAGUGUAUUUUUGUAAAAAAUAUAUAAAGGGGGUGUUAAUCGGUGUAAAUCGCUGUUUGGAUUUCCUGAUUUUAUAAUAGGGCGGCUGGUUAAUAUCUCACACAGUUUAAAGAAUCAGCCCCUAAUUUCUCCAUGUUUACACUUCAAUCUGCAGGCUUCUUAAAGUGACAGUAUCCCUUAACCUGCCACCAGUGUCCACCCUUCGACCCCAGUCUUACAAAAAGGGGAGGAGAAUUAGCCAAACACUGUUAGGCUUUUAAGAAAAGACAAAUUUUUUAAAUAAAAUGCCGUUCUGUCCAGAGGCUUUAAAACUGGUGCAUUUACAGCAAAAAGGGAUCCUGUAGCUUUAACUUGUAAACCACAUCUUUUUUGCACUUUUUUUAUAAGCAAAAACGUGCCGUUUAAACCACUGGAUCUAUCUAAAUGCCGAUUUGAGUUCGCGACACUAUGUACUGCGUUUUUCAUUCUUGUAUUUGACUAUUUAAUCCUUUCUACUUGUCGCUAAAUAUAAUUGUUUUAGUCUUAUGGCAUGACGAUAGCAUAUGUGUUCAGGUUUAUAGCUGUUGUGUUUAAAGAUUGAAAAAAGUGGAAAACAUCUUUGUACAUUUAAGUCUGUAUUAUAAUAAGCAAAAAGAUUGUGUGUAUGUAUGUUUAAUAUAACAUGACAGGCACUGGGACGUCUGCCUUUUUAAGGCAGUUCCGUUAAGGGUUUUUGUUUUUAAACUUUUUUUUGCCAUCCAUCCUGUGCAAUAUGCCGUGUAGAAUAUUUGUCUUAAAAUUCAAGGCCACAAAAACAAUGUUUUGGGGGAAAAAAAAAGAAAAAAGAAAAAAUCAUGCCAGCUAAUCAUGUCAAGUUCACUGCCUGUCAGAUUGUUGAUAUAUACCUUCUGUAAAUAACUUUUUUUGAGAAGGAAAUAAAAUCAGCUGGAACUGAACCCUAAA